UGGAUGUGAGAGUGAGAGUGAUAAUCAAAGGUCAGCAUCAUGUAUCCCUGUUUACCGCCAAACUUUGUCCUCUCUGACUGACUCACAGUCUCUCUCUAUAUCAUUUAAUUAGCCAUCGGUCCUUCUUGGCUUCCCUCAAAAAACAAAGCUUCUUCUUUGUGACCACUGGCUACUCGCUAGGAUGAUGAAAUUCAAAACAUUACCCUAGAAACCAAAACCCUAACCCUCAGAUCUUGAAACCAAUGGAUUUGGUAACCGAUUCAACAAACCGGAGCUUCGAAAUCCAGAGCCUGGUGAAUCCAACAGCAGCAACAAACACCAAUCCUCCACCCUCGUCAUCUUCAUCGCCGAGCCGUUACGAGAACCAAAAACGCCGAGACUGGAACACCUUCUGCCAGUACCUGAGAAACCACCGUCCGCCGCUGUCUCUGCCGCUCUGUAGCGGCGCACACGUCCUGGAGUUCCUCCAUUACCUGGAUCAGUUCGGGAAGACCAAGGUCCACAACCCUACCUGCCCCUUCUUCGGCCUCCCUAACCCUCCGGCGCCCUGCCCCUGCCCGCUCCGCCAGGCCUGGGGAAGCCUCGACGCCCUCAUCGGCCGCCUCCGCGCCGCCUACGAGGAGAACGGCGGCAGAGCAGAGACGAAUCCGUUCGGCGCUCGUGCCGUUAGGAUUUACCUGAGAGAUGUUCGUGAUUUUCAGUCAAAAGCAAGAGGAGUGAGCUACGAGAAGAAGCGCAAGAGGCCAAAGCCUAAAACCUCUUCUUCUUCUUCUGAUGCUUCUGCUACUCAUGCUUAAUUUGGAACCUGCUUCAAUCAUUUCUUUCAUCAUGAACAACGUAACUGCAACUGGUAUAUAUGUGUUCUUUUCUUUAUGUCUCUCUUUCUUUUCGUUUAUUUUAUGGACUUGAUCAGAUACACUUUGUUACUACUAUUUAUGGUUAUAUUAUUUUCUUGUCUUGGACAAUAUUAUUUACUAUUUAUAAUUAUAAUCAUGAA